GCGGCGGGUGCCCCGCAGAGGCGCGCAAGUGUGCGCGAUAGCAGUUGCAUUUCGCUUUGUGUCGCGCCCGCAGUGGUCGACGGACCAGCAUCCUGCCGGGCUAGAUCAUGGCCCACCCAGCCAGCGAGCUGAAAACAGCCCGUCCAGAUGCAAAAAAUGCAAGAUCACUAGUGAACAAGUAUAUGUAUAGAAAUGGUCAGCCUCUUCCUAUAUUCGAGACGCGGCCAUACAAUGGGAACAUCGCUUCACGUGUGAAAAUUUCUCUUCCAUCGGUCGAUGUGGAAUUUGAAUGCAGGGCUGCAGGAGCAACUGACAAAGAAGCGAUACUGAGAUGCGCCGAGCACGUCGUGGAAGAGCUGGAGCGGCGGAACCUCCUGGACAGGGCGGCCGCCCCUUCACGAUCGCAGCUGCCCAGCGCCGGGCAGCUGCAGGUGGCCAGAAGCGGACAGCUGCAGCUGGCUAGCAGCCGACAGCUGCAGGUAGCCAGCGGCGAAACGUUACGGCCGGACAUGACUACAGCAACCCAGCUGAAUACAAGCCGUCCAGAUGCAAACGAUGCAAGAUUACUAGUCAACAAGUAUAUGUAUAGAAACGGUCAGCCCCUUCCUAUAUUCGAGACGCGGCCAUACAAUGGGAACAUUCUCUCGCGGGUAAAAAUAUGUCUUCCACCAGUCCAUGUCGAAUUUGAACGCUUGGCGGCAGGAGCAACCGAUGAUGAAGCGAUACUGAAAUGCGCCGAGCUUGUCGUGGAAGAGCUAGAGUGUCGGAACCUCCUGGACAGUGCGGCUGCCCCUUCACGAUCACAGCUGCCCAGCGCCGGGCAGUUGCAGGUGGCCAAAAGCAAACAGCUGGCAAACGGCAGGCAGAUGCAGUUGACAAGCAUGGAUCAGUCUCAGUUGGCCAGUUCCAGGCAGCUGCAGCUGUCCAGCAGUCGACAGCUGCAGCUGGCUAGUAGCCGGCAGUCACAAGAAGCCAGCGACAGACAACUGCAGCUGUCCAGCAGCCGACAGCUGCAGGCAUCCGGCUGCGGAACGCCACAGUGGGACAUGGUCACCCCAACCCAGCCCCAGACGGGCUGUUCCUCCCAGUGCAACCAGCCGCCAGGUGCGCUCUCGGCGAUUCAGAGUGCACUCCAAACUCUUCCGCGAGCGCUGGAGAGGACUUUGCCGGCGGCGCCCGGUCUUCCAGCCCCCACGGCAUGGCGGGGUCCGGUGCCGGCAGCCACUCAGCAGACCAGCAUGACGCUCACCUUACUGAGGAUUGACAACGCGACGGCCUCUGUCCCGGCUCCGACUCCGGCUCCGGUUCCGGCUCCGGCCCCGGCUCAGCCCCGGGCUCCGGGGCGGCCCGCCGCAGCGGAACGGCCACCGCCGUCCGUUUGCCGUCUCCUGGGACGAACCGAUAGACUGUGUGACCGCGAUCUCAACAAGGCAAGCUUCCAGAUCGGCAAGUAUCGAAAAACGCUGGGCAUCGAGCUUGGGCUCAGCGCUGCUGACAUUGAAAACUGCAAAUUUCGAGAAGAAGACCCAUACGAGGUGAACCGUCGCAUCCUGAGGAAGUGGCGGGAAAAGAUGGCGGGUAGAGCGACCGUCGGCGUCCUCUGCGCGGCGCUGUGGAAAGUCGGCGCCAGGGACGCCCUCACCGCUCUCGCAGAGGGGCAAUCAUGACCGACCGUGCUGCCCGAACACACUUCAGGGCAAGGAGUUCGGAUUUGACCCCAUAGUCCAAUGCUAUAGGCUCGCCGGACAUAUUUAUUUGUUGUGUUCAAUAAAGUUGACUGUGAACGUU